AUGAACGUGACUACUAAAACUUUUGAUUCGUGUGGAUUUAAUACAACAAAUGUUAGUGAUAUUUGUGACAAUCGAACUAAUCAGACUGUAGUGUUUCCUUUAGAAACACGACCAGAGACAUAUUUUGUACCCGUGAUAUUUUUUGUGAUAUUCGUUGUAGGAGUGUUGGGGAAUGGGACGCUUGUGAUGAUAUUUGUGAGACAUAAACAUAUGAGAAAUGUACCUAAUACAUAUAUUUUUUCAUUAGCCUUAGCAGACUUGCUGGUCGUCAUCACUAGUGUUCCCUUCACUUCGAUUAUCUACACUAUGGAGAGUUGGCCGUGGGGAACAUUAGUCUGUAAAAUUUCAGAGACUACUAAAGACUUAUCUGUAGCAGUUUCCGUUUUCACUCUAACAGCUCUAUCGGCUGAUAGAUUUUUUGCCAUCGUUGAUCCUCUCAAGAAGUUCCACGCCACGGGUGGGACCAGAAGUGCAAAAAGAAUAACUAUUGGAACAACAGUGAUCGUCUGGAUACUGUCAUUGCUCAUUGCCCUACCAGCUUCCGUAGGAUCCCACAUAAAACCUAUCCCCGACGAAGAAAAUCCCAUAUUUUCAGUUUGCUACCCAUUUCCCUCCAAUUGGAUGGGUGACAACUAUGCCAAAAUGAUGGUUCUGCUAAAAUUUUUUAUUUUGUACCUCAUUCCUCUUAUUAUCAUAGCGACAUUUUACCUAGGGAUGGCAGUUUCGUUGAUUACUAGUACGAAGAAUAUGCCGGGAGAAAUCCAGGGGAUUGAGAAACAGAUAAAAGCAAGGAAAAAAGUAGCAGUGACAGUACUCAUCUUCGUAGCGGUAUUUGCCGUAUGCUUUGCUCCUAUUCACAUUUUUAUGUUAUUCUUUUACCUCCAUCCUGACUCCCAAGAAUUGUACAAUGACUUUUGGCACUAUUUUCGAAUCACAGGAUUUUGUUUGGCUUAUAUGAACUACUGUGCCAAUCCAGUGGCACUUUACUUCGUGAGUGGAGCUUUUAGAAAGUAUUUUAAUCAAUAUUUAUUUUGCAAGAAGCCGACGAGGUCGAGGAGGAGCACUUAUCCCCAUCAGCACACGUCAAUUUCGCUAUUAUCUGUUAAACGGAAUCAGGUUAGUAUUACCAGGAACGACAAGCAGGCGUCAAUAAAUCGUUCGCCUGAUGCGUUGCCUAUGCAGGAGACCACAAUUGCACUGUUGGAUAACGGAAAUGCGAGCGAACGCAGCCAUUCGUGCAACAAAAUUCGGUAG